CAAAAUUGAUCCGCAAUCCUUUUCUGACGUGUUGUUGCUUUUGCUCUGAGACUUUUGCUUUGCUUCGGUCGGUGCUAAACUUUUGUGUCGCGUUUUGUGGUGGUGCUUGUCGGAGGAUUAUUUCCGCAGAAUUGUUGACCGCGUUAAAGGCCCCCGGAAGUACCAAACAAUAGCCUGGACCGCGCUGCGGCCAGUUGUCCGUGUGUGGUGAUCGAAUUUCGCUUACGUGUAAUAAUUGCUAUAAUAUAUUGGGAAGAUUCUUCAUUGAUGUCCGAUGGCUGAAUCGAAAUUGAUGGCAUUGAUGUGAUAAAACUGCGGCAAACUCUAUCGGUCGAUUCGCGAUAAGAAGAAACCCCUUUGCGGUAGUGAAGAUUCCGACGGGGAACAGUGCCCACGGGUAUAAGCGCAAGACAAACAUCGUCUUUGUCAUAAAAGUGGUGCAAUUGUGCGUCAGCUAGUUCCAUCUGUAGUUCAACCCCUCCCGGGAGACCGUCUGGAAGGCGACCGGAAUUCCUUUGGGGUACGGAGAAGUAACAGAAGUAUAUCUGCAGUAGAAUGCAAUAAAUGAAUGAUUUGCUUAUGGUCUAGUUUCUGAUCGCUUUCGGAAGUGUCUCUCAAUCAGCUAAUUGGGAAAGUUGAGUUAGUUUAGUUUUUUGGGUUAAAGUGUUUAAGUUCCCUGGCUGCUAUUAAAGCAGAGCUAUGAAGUCUCCCGGUGGGCCUUUUAGUAGUGGCUUCGCACAAUUCCUGGGAAGCGUUUUCAAUGUGCGUUUGCCGGGUGGGAGAGAAAGUGAUCGGAAAGGGAGCAGAUAUGACUACGACUACGAGGGACUUGCCCAAGAACCGCUCAACGGAGGCGGUCAUCACAUGCAGAAGAACCAGCAGCAGCAGCAGAUUGGACGUGGCUUCUUUAAUGGAUCCGUCAAGAAGGUGGGUGACAGCAGCCCGGCCGGUGGCGAACCGGAAGACGACAAGGACAUGCUGCUGUCCACCAUGGAAGCGUCCCACUACUCGGCCCAGGAGGUGGCCGCCCGGCUCCGGGUAGACGUCCGGACCGGGCUCCGAUGGGCCGAGGCCAACAGCCGGUCGAAAAUCGUCGGCUACAAUGAACUGAACGCCCUGGACGAUGAACCGACGUGGAUGAAGUACGUCCAGCAGUUUAAGAAUCCUCUCAUAUUGUUACUAUUAGGUUCUGCGGUGGUGAGUGCGUGUAUGAGACAGUUUGAUGAUGCCAUCAGCAUCACGAUAGCGAUUAUUAUCGUCGUGACAGUUGCAUUCAUUCAGGAGUAUAGAUCUGAGAAGAGCUUGGAAGAGCUGAAGAAGUUGGUCCCGCCCGAAUGCCACUGUCUAAGGGAGGGACGAUUGGAAACAUUCCUCGCGAGAAACCUUGUUCCUGGUGAUAUAGUGUACUUGAAUGUCGGCGAUCGGGUGCCGGCCGACAUUCGGAUAUUCGAAGCGUACGAUCUGUCGAUCGACGAGUCAAGCUUUACCGGAGAGACGGAACCGGCCCGGAAGAGCAUCGAGGUGGUGCUCAACGUCAACAACAGCAAGAACCACACCGGCAUGAAGAACAUCGCCUUCAUGGGCACGUUAGUUAGGUGUGGCAAUGGAAAGGGAAUUGUAGUUAGUACGGCAGAAAAGAGCGAGUUCGGAGAGGUCUUCAAAAUGAUGCAAGCCGAGGAAGCCCCCAAAACUCCUCUGCAGAAAUCGAUGGACAUCCUUGGAGCGCAACUGAGUUUCUACUCGUUCUGCAUCAUCGGGGCAAUUAUGCUGCUCGGUUGGAUCCAGUCGAAACCGCUGGUGGAAAUGUUCACCAUUGGUGUCAGCUUGGCCGUCGCUGCCAUUCCGGAAGGUUUGCCUAUCGUAGUUACGGUGACCUUGGCACUGGGAGUCAUGCGAAUGGCCAAACGCAACUGCAUCGUUAAGAAACUGCCCACAGUGGAAACGCUAGGCUGUGUUACGGUGAUCUGUUCGGACAAAACGGGUACCAUCACCAAGAACGAAAUGACCGUCACGGUGAUUAUCACUUCGGAUGGCUACAUGGCCGAUGUAACUGGGGCCGGGUACAACGAUAACGGCGAAAUUCACAUACGCGAUUGCAAUAGCAUGGACAACGCCAAACGUAGCAUCAACCAGCUAUUGGAGGCUGGAGUCGUGUGCAAUAAUGCCAUCAUUCAAAACGAUACACUUUUGGGACAACCAACGGAAGGUGCUCUGUUGGCAGCGGCCAUGAAAAACGGACAAUAUUCAGCAGCGGACAAUUUCUUGCGGAUACAGGAGUACCCCUUCAGUUCCGAGCAGAAAAUGAUGGCUGUGAAGGCGGUACCGAAAUAUGCGAACAACAAAGAAGAAAUCUUCUUCGUCAAGGGUGCCAUCGAAAUGGUGCUACCGCAGUGUACCAAGUUUUGGUACGGUGGUCAGCCAAUAACCUUGAGCAAGCAGAACGAGGCUGAGUUUUUGCAAGAAGCGUAUGAAAUUGGACGGAAAGGUCUACGGGUGCUAGCCAUUGCGAGGGGAUCCUCGAUCCAAGAUUUGGUAUACCUAGGACUGGUUGGUAUAACGGAUCCACCCAGGCCUCUAGUGCGGGAAUCCAUUGAAAUGCUACGUGCUAGUGGGGUGUUGGUCAAAAUGGUGACCGGUGAUGCGCAGGAAACGGCGAUGGCUAUCGCUUCAAAAAUCGGAUUGGACAUCGUCCACAUGCAAGCCCUGUCCGGUCAGGAAAUCGAUCAGAUGAACGAAAUCCAGCUGGAAAAGAUGAUCAACACCGUCAGCGUGUUCUAUCGGGUCACCCCCAAGCACAAGCUGGCCAUCGUGAAGGCUUUGCAGCAUAAUGGCCACAUCGUCGGAAUGACCGGCGAUGGCGUCAACGAUGGGGUGGCUCUGAAGAGGGCCGACAUCGGUAUCGCCAUGGGCAAGAACGGCACGGACGUGUGCAAGGAGGCUGCCGACAUGAUCCUGGUGGAUGACGAUUUUCACACGAUUAUAGCGGCCAUCGAGGAGGGGAAGGGAAUUUUCUGGAACAUUAGGAACUUUGUACGAUUUCAACUGAGUACGUCAAUUGCGGCCCUUUCGUUGAUUGCACUCUCGACCUUGAUGGGCAUAUCGAACCCGUUGAACGCUAUGCAAAUCCUGUGGAUCAACAUCAUCAUGGACGGGCCGCCAGCUCAAUCGCUCGGUGUCGAGCCCGUAGAUCAGGAUGUGCUCAAGCAAAAACCUCGCAACGUAAAGCAGGCAAUGAUUUCGAAAUCUCUCAUCAUCAACGUGCUCCUUUCGGCGGGUAUCAUCAUUUUGGGAACGCUCUGGGUGUUCCAACGAGAGAUGGCCGAUGGGACGGGGGUAACCAGCCGGGACACUACGAUGACGUUUACCUGUUUCGUGUUGUUCGAUAUGUGGAAUGCUCUCAGCUGCCGGUCACAGACCAAAAGCGUGUUUCAGAUCGGCCUGCUCACGAACCGGAUGUUCCUGCUGGCGGUGGCCUUCUCGCUGCUCGGCCAGCUCCUGGUCAUCUACUUCCCACCGCUGCAGAUGGUGUUCCAAACCGAGGCGCUGUCUGCCAUGGAUCUCGUGUUUCUCGUGUCGCUUACCUCGAGCGUGUUCAUCGUGUCGGAGCUGAAAAAGUGGUUCGAGCGCACGAUGGAACGGCGAAUGUACAGGAAGCGCAGCGAACUGGACUUCGUAUGACAAACAGCUCACGCUGGAAGAUUGCAUAAAGACUAAGCUAAGCUGAUAACAAAUAAGAAACUACCGACAUCCGGCACACACAUUUCAACGCAGUUCAACACUGCACAAGAGACUUAUUUAAGCUUAACGUUUGAACCGGGAAUGAAAGGAAAUACGGAAAAGUUUUGAUGUGAACAAGCGACAUGGACUACAAAUCGACUGCGUUUUUUCUACAAUUUUAAU